CAGCCCCAUAGAGCCCAGCCCCAUAGAUCCCAGCCCCAUAGAGCCCAGCCCCACAGAUCCCAGCCCCAUAGAUCCUGCCCCAAUGGCUGCAGCGCUGCUCGGCUUUUUCCUUCUGCUGCCCCACAUCGUGGCCGGUUCCCUUGGCUGUGACCCGUCCUCCGCCCCCAUACUGGGGGGCUGGGCGGAGCUGGAGCCGGGGGGCGCCGCGCUGCGCUACCGCUGCCCACAGGGGCAGUUCCCGAGUCCCACCGCCAGGCGGCGCUGUGGGAACGACGGACAAUGGGAACCAAUGGGGGACGGGACCCCGAAGUGUAAAGCCAUCUUGUGCCCCCCCCCCCAGGCCCUGGAUCAUGGCGUCCUAUGGCCCCUGUUGCCCCGUUACCCCCCGGGGGUCGUGGUUCAUUUCCGGUGUUUUGAUGGUUUUUACUUCCGGGGGUCACCGAACCGGACGUGUGGGGUGGGGGGGAAAUGGACCGGAACCGGCCCGGUGUGCGAUGAUGGAGGUAAGGCCUAAAAACCCCAUAGAACCCCAUAG